AUGGUGGUUACGUCAGAUCAUGUCAUGGUGGUACCCUACAACUCUCCAUGGGCGUCAUCACUGCAUGCUGAUUUGCUUCUGCUGGUAGCUUGGCGCCUUCUGGAUGGUGACUUGAUGGACUAUGUUCGCCUUCGAGCUGUGUGCAAAAAUUGGCGGUACGCCACUAUUUGCCCACGCGGUCGUGGCAUCACCGAUUCUCGUUUCCACCCGCGCCGUUGGAUGAUGUUGCCCGAGGGUCACGGUCUCCACCCUGGCCACUACAAGCUCGGGGGGUUUGUUCGCUUUCUCAACCUUGACACGGGGACAUUGGUCCGUGUCAAGCUCCCGUUGUUCAAGAACCACUGCAUUCUUGACUCAGUCAACGGCCUCCUCCUCCUCCAGAGGGACGAGGACUCUGCCAUUCUCCUCCUCAACCCUUUCACUAGUGACAUCACUGAGCUCCCACCACUCUCCACCCUCCUCACGCAAGUGGUGAAACAGUCUGAGAUCACAGUUGGCCUAUGCUACUGCUAUCUCCUCAAACAUGGCAUGUCUACUGCUGUCUUCUGCAACAAUGACGGUACCACCACCGUCAUGAUUAUCUUGCAUCAUUUAUCACAGUUGGCCUAUGCUACCUCCCAAGACAAGCAAUGGAUCAUGGCGAGCUGGGAUCUUCCGUUAAACAUGAAAGCUUUGUCAUGUCAAGGCAAGUUAUACUUGGUGCAGUAUCCUGCAUCUCAUGGUUCACAGGUUCUUCAGAUUGACCCACCCUUGCAGGUUGGUUCGCCGCCACCACGGCCAAAGUUAAUCGCCACAUGCCCAACAAAUAAACUUGUCUAUGGUUAUCAUCUGGUAGAAUGUGACUCGAACAUCCUUCUUGUUUGCCAUACCGAUGAUUCUCGAUCACCCAUUUUGAUUUACAACCUUGAGAAUAUUACUGCGGGAAGGUUUACCCCGGUAAGAAGCAUUGGAAAGCAUGCCCUCUUCCUCGGAGAAAGGAGUCUGAGUGUCUCCUCUAAGGCAUUGCCUACUAUCAUGGCUGAAACUGUCGUCUACAAAGAACCAAGGGAGCAUCGCUUUGUGCAAUACCACCUCGGUACUGGCAAUUGGUCUGAACCAGUUGACGAAUGUGGCAUCUAUGGAUAUAGCCCCGGUCCUCAUAGCCUCAUCCAACAUAUCAUUACUUGUUGCAUUCGUCGUGCUUGGUACGUAAUUUCUUUUUAUCUCGCAUUAUUCUCUUGUUAUCAACUUAUCAUAAUUGUUCAUCGUAUCAUCUUGUUUAGAAGCCACGCUAAUAUGUUCUCAUUUUGUCCUUAUAGGAACAAAGGGUUGAUAUAUUCUGAAGCGGAAGCGUAUAAGCCUGGAUGGCUCACCUGGAAGGUUAAGAGAAAGUUUCGCCAUUGGGUACAGUUUUCUCACAAUUAA